AUGCAACACAUAGAAAUUCAUCCAAUUGAUAUUUGGGAUUGUCUCUUCGAAAGAGAAGAGAAACCCUUCCCAGACGACCACACCAUCUUCAAGUCUCCAUCGGGCGAAAUCCGGACCUACAGCGACAUCCGAUCCCAAGCCGUGGGUUUUGGUGGUAAUCUUCAAAGCCAGUGGGUAUGGCGAAAAGGCGAUGUUCUCCUACUCUUUGCGCCAAAUGAUAUCGAUGUCCCCACGUUGCUUUGGGGAUGCCUUUGGGCCGGAGGGGUAGUCUCACCGGCUAACCCGACAUACACUGCCGAUGAGUUGAAACACCAACUCAGUGAUACUGGAGCAAAAGCACUGGUUGUAAACACCUCGCUCUUGGACACUGUAAUCGCAGCUGCAAAGCGCGUCGACUUUCCCGUUCCUCAUAUGUUGGUUGUUGGCCCCGACUCCCCAGAAGCAGAGCUACAGCAUGUCGGAUCUAUGUUAAGAGGUGGAGCGCCUGGGGCAAUACGCCAGAGGAUAGACCCUGCCGUCGAUACAGCCUUCUUGGUAUACUCUCCGGGGACUAUUGGGCGGCCCAAGGGGGCAAGGAUUACCCAUACCAAUCUCGUGGCGAACAUCAUCCUGCAGGGACGAGUUGAAGAAGAACACAUAAACUGGAGAAAGGAUCGGUACCUCGCAUUCUUACCAACAUAUCACAUAUUUGGUCUCGUAUGUCUAGUACAUUUCCCUCUUUUGAUGGGAAUAAAGAAAAAAAUAAUGGAGAAUUUCUCCGUCGAAGGCUUUUUACAUAACGUCCAAACUGAAUCAAUUACCCAUGCCUACGUUGUCCCGCCUGUUGUUCUAUACCUUGCCAAAGAUCCCGCAAUGACGCGCAAACAACUAUCACCAUUGAGAAUGGUAACCUCAGGCGGUGCACCCCUGGCACCAGAUCUAAUCCGUGCGGUGUACGAUCGUGUGAAGGUUCCCGUCCGCCAGGCAUUUGGAUUGACCGAGUCGACAGGUGGCUCCCAUACUCAUAGAUGGGACCGAUGGGAUCAGGCAACGGGGUCAAACGGUCCUCCAUAUCCCCAAGUCGACACAAAGUUCAUUGAUGAGCAAGGCAACACAGUAAACAAAGGCGAAGGCGAACUGUGUCUUCGAGGACCGACCAUCUUCCAAGGGUAUCACAACAACGCCGAAGCCACUGCGCAGUCUAUCACACCGGAUGGGUGGUUCAAAACCGGUGAUAUUGGAUUCCAAGAUGAGGAGGGGAAUCUGUUCAUCACAGAUCGCUUAAAGGACCUUAUUAAAUUCAAGGGUUUCCAAAUUCCCCCGGCAGAGGUAGAGAGCGUGCUGCAUGAACAUCCGCUUGUCCAUGAUGUUGCUGUGAUUGGACUUCUUGUCCAAAAGAUUGCAUCCGAGAUACCCGUUGCUUAUGUGGUUCUUGAAAAGACGAGUAAUCCAACGGAGCAGAUUGCGCAGGAAUUGUUAGCCUAUGUUGAUGGGAAACUGACUCCCCAUAAGAAGCUUUGGGGUGGGAUUAUACCGAUCGAUGAGAUUCCUAAGAGUUUCUCUGGUAAGAUUCUGAAGCGGGUCUUGAAGACUAGGACUGAAGUCGUCGAUCAAGGGAAGGCUAUUGGAGCUACAAGCUAUGAUGGUCGUUCUUCCAAGCUGUGA